GUGUCCACUGCGGUGUCCACUGAGGCGGAACUCGUUUUCGACCCAGCGAAUCAUUCGAUCGCCUGGUCCAACUUCAUCUCUUGCUACUGGGGCGUAUUCUGUAAUGGCACUGUCGUGCUCGUGGAAGGUCGCCCAGUUUGUGAUGGAAGCCUUCAGUGCAUGGGCGCUGGAGAGGGUGGGCCAGGCACUGUUGGGCCCUACCAGUCGCAGGUCCAAACAGAGAUGGACGAUACCUCCCAGACCAGCUCAGCACAGUCGAGUCUCCUUGUCUGCCACCACGGCUCGUAUUGCUGCGGCAGUUGGGAGUGGAGCAAGGGCCGGCGUCAGUGUAAGGCUGGCCUUCGGUGCCAGAGCCCCGGAGACAAAUCUCGGCCAAAAGUUCUUGCUGCUCCCCAGCUAAGGGGAGCUGACAAAAAUAUUCCGGGUGCUACGAAGAAGCUUGAACAUGAGAGGCCUAUGGUGGAUGAAGGCAACACGACGCUUGCAGUUGCCAACUUCUUGCUCUGCCGGUAUGGCUCUUACUGCCCAAGCUCAGAACCGCAUGGUCAGGCUCCUUCUGCUGCGUGUUCAGUGAGCUUGGCCUGCCUUGGCCCGGCUGUAGGCGUCACUUCGAACGCGUCGUCUGCAGACUCAGAAGCCGCGCGCCUUCGUUCUCGCCUGAUCUCCUGUCCUUUCGGAACCUAG